AGACGAAUCACAUUCGGUCAAACAAGGCAGUCCAAACAAACACUCCGCAGCGUCAGGCCGCACCGCAACCAACCGCGCACCAUGCGUCGUCUCAGCCACUUCCCCCUCCUCCUCGCCGCCGUCCUCCUCGCGGCGGCCCCGCACCCGGCCCACCCCCUGACCGAGCUCGAGGCCUCCCAAAUCAGGCGCUUCCAGGACUACCUCCGCAUCUGCACCGCCCACCCCGCUCCGGACUACGCCGGCGCCGCCGCGUUCCUCCUCCCCUACGCGGCGUCGCUCGGCCUCCACACCGCCACGCUCCACUUCAGCCCCUGCAAGUCAAAGCCGCUCCUCCUCCUCACCUGGCCGGGCACGGACCCUUCCCUCCCUUCCAUCCUCCUCAACUCCCACGUCGACUCCGUCCCCGCGGAGCCCGAGCACUGGAUCCACCCGCCCUACGCCGCGCACCGCGACCCCGCCACCGGCCGCGUCUACGCCCGCGGCGCGCAGGACGACAAGUGCCUCCCGGUCCAGUACCUCGAGGCCAUCCGCGGCCUGCAGGCCGCCGGCUUCGCGCCCGCCCGCACCGUCCACGUCUCGCUCGUCCCCGACGAGGAGAUCGGCGGCGAGGACGGCCACGAGAAGUUCGUCCAGUCGGAGGAGUUCCGCGCCCUCAAUGUCGGGUUCAUGCUCGACGAGGGGCAGGCGUCGCCGACGGACGUGUACAGGGUUUUCUACGCGGACAGGCUGGUGUGGAAGCUGAUCGUGAAGGCCACGGGGCCUCCCGGCCAUGGGUCGAAGAUGUUCGAUGGGGCCGCCGUGGGGAACCUGAUGGAUUGCAUUGAGACCGUGGCUGGAUACAGGGAUGCACAGUUCGACAAGGUCAAGUCGGGCAAGUGCGGUCCCGGAGAGGUGGUGUCCGUGAAUCCUGUGUAUAUGAAUGCCGGCACGCCGAGCCCCACGGGCUUUGUGAUGAAUAUGCAACCUUCAGAAGCAGAGGUGGGUUUUGAUCUCCGCCUUCCUCCAACCGAAGAUAUUGAACAGAUAGAAAGAAGAAUCAAAGAAGAAUGGGCACCAGCUCAUAAAAACUUGACUUACCAGCUGAUGAAGAAAGGACCAGUGAGGGAUGUGACGGGACGCCCCUUACUUACACCAGCCAAUGCGUCAAACCCAUGGUGGUCUGUGUUUGAACAGGCUAUCAUCUCUUCGGGUGGAAAACUAGCAAAGCCAGAGAUCUUAUCUUCAACCACGGACGCCCGAUUCGUGAGGCAGAUGGGUGUUCCAGCCCUUGGGUUUUCUCCAAUGAUAAAUACUCCAAUAUUGCUUCACGAUCAUAACGAGUUUCUGGAGGAUAAAGUGUUCCUGAGGGGCAUCGAAGUGUAUCAACAUCUUAUCAGAGCGCUGAGCUCCUUCAAAGGCUGAUUCGAAAUAAGCACAUAAGUUGUAACAUUAUUGUAUUCCGAUCCCAUGUAAAUUAAUUGUAGCGAAGCUAAUUCAGAUGCCCGCGAUGCCACAACCAUCAUGCUCCAAGCCACAGAUAAACUGGUUAGGGCUCAUCCAGUCAGAAUAAACUUUUUCUGAAAUAAUGGAAAUCUGCUGACGGCGAUCUCAGCAGGUUGAUUUGUAUGUGAUGUACAUACGAAGUUACGGACUGUAUAUAACAAGAUGAUUUGUAUAGUCCACCGUUGGAUUGAUAUUUCUCGAUUUA